CGUUAGUUGUCUACAGCUUUCAUAAAAGCGCGUCCUGCGCGCCAGAAAUGACCGUUUCCCCCUUCUCUCCCGGCCCUCCAAGCUCGCUACUCGCCGCCAAUGGACCUCUCCUGGUUGAAGGACAAGUCGACGUCCUUCUUCAGCUUCAUACAUGGCUCGAAAUACGACGAACUUCGCGCGUUACCGACCACAGAGCAGAUCAGGGCGACCCACUCGCCUAUACGACCUGCAACUAAGCAGAGUCCGCCACGAAGGUCGACUAUAAGCUGGACACCCGACCCGCCCAUGCACGAGAGGAUCCGUAUAACGAUCGUUGAAGCGAACCACCUGCCUCAACGGACCGAAUCACCUGGCCGAUACAUCCUCGUGUACAGCGCGGACCGCGUGAAGUACGUGAACAGCGAAGGUGAAGACGAUGAGAAGUUUCCCAAUCAGAAAGUGGUUCUGGAGACCACAAUUCGGACGAACGAGGCGCCGAUCUGGUACGAGAGCUGCGAAGUGCCCAAGGGCUCUGACACAGUGAUAGCCUUCACCGCUUGGAAUGUAUCAGCCGAAGGCGAUGUGAGGAUAGCCGAAUCGCACUAUUACACGGUCCAGGAGUUGCUGAACAUGUCCUUGGGCACAACCGUGAGCAUUAAUCUUGAAGUCGGCGGCAAAGGGAAGCACCGAUCCACCUCCCUAUCCAUCAUCGUCGAGGAUAUAAGUCCCAGGCCACGGACUCCACGAUCUCCAGCUGUAGCUGCUGUCGGUCCUUCAGGCGUCAAGUCGUCAGGAGUGGGGUCGUCGGAUGGCGGGCCGAGUAGAAGGGUGUCUAUGUAGUAUGAUCAGUAGAAACGCGCACAUCAUCGUACCUGUAAUCAGUCACGAUCAUGCCAGGUUCACGACGCAAAUGAGCAAAGCUCGAGCGACAA